GUGCACAACACACGUGCAUCAACAUUCUAGUCAGCUUUGUUUGAAGAAGUUGCUUAUAAGAAUUGGAGACACAAUUUUUCUUUUUAAUUCUCAUUGUACGCAAAAUGGGUAGACCUGGUUUUGGUGGUGGCGGACGUGGUGGUGGAAGAGGAGGCAGAGGUGGUUUUGGUGGCCGUGGCGGUGGAGGAAGAGGAGGUGGUGGUGGAAGAGGUGGGGGUUUUGGUGGACGAGGUAGAGGUGGUGGUCGUGGUGGUGGACGAGGAGGAAUGAGAGGUGGAAGAAAAACAGUUGUUGAACCACAUCGUCAUGAAGGUGUAUUCAUUGCCAGAGGGAAAGAGGAUGCGUUGGUUACAUUAAAUUUGAUACCUGGCAACACUGUGUAUGGAGAAAAGAAAGUUUCCAUAGAUGGAGAAGAAGGAGCUGCCAAAACUGAAUACAGAGUCUGGAAUCCAUUUCGUUCGAAAUUAGCAGCAGCUAUAUUAGGCGGUGUUGAUAAAAUUCACAUGAAACCUGGUGCUAAAGUACUGUAUUUGGGAGCAGCUUCUGGAACCACUGUGUCACAUGUCUCAGACAUAGUCGGACCUGAAGGUCUUGUGUAUGCUGUAGAGUUUUCACAUCGUUCUGGACGUGACUUGUUAAAUGUGGCCAAACAAAGGACAAAUAUUAUUCCAAUUAUCGAAGAUGCUCGCCAUCCUCAUAAAUAUAGAAUGUUAGUUGGUAUGGUAGAUACAAUAUUUGCUGAUGUUGCUCAACCAGAUCAAGCUCGUAUUGUUGCUAUCAACGCGCACAACUUUUUAAAGAAUGGUGGACAUUUUGUUAUAUCUAUCAAGGCAAACUGCAUUGAUUCUACUGCUGCACCGGCUGCAGUAUUCGCAGGAGAAGUAAAGAAAUUGCAAUCUGAGAAACUAAAACCGCAAGAACAACUCACAUUGGAACCUUACGAAAGAGACCACGCAGUCGUUGUUGGAACAUACAGAGCCCCACCAAAGAAGAAGGAUUGAUGCAUAGCAUAGCAUUGAAUGAAUGAUUUAUUUCGAACUACCCACGUGUUUGCGCUACGUGGAUCAUUCGACGUUUUGAUAAUACGAAAUGAUUGACCAAGUUGGAGGAUACAACGACAUAGAUGGGACAAUUUUUUACCGUUUGAAAAACUACAUUGAACAUGCAAGGGCGUGCAAAAUUUUCUCCGUACUGUAGAUAGUAUAUCUCUGCUUCUCAUUUUUUGCUCUAAGCGUAAUAAGGUGUUUGUAUAUUCUCUGAUUCGAUUAUUUGUUUAUGAAAAUGUUUCUUAAAAUUUCCAUUUAUCUUGAAAACAGGUUUUCGUGGUUUGUGUUUAUAUCUUUUAGUCAUUUUACUUAUUUUUAAAAAAGCGAUUGUAUAAUUUUGGAAACGAUAUUUGAAUACCAGUCGAAAAUAAAUAUACAAAAACAAGAAGUAUAUUUUAACUCAGUAAAACUCAGGACAAUCCGCAAGUCGACGUUUUUAAAAUAUUUUUUCAUAAAACUAAUUUGUAGUGUUUUGUAACAUUCAGACAAUUCCUGUCAUCACAUUGUAUUUCAUUUUUUGUAUAGAGAAAUAUUAGUGGGA